AUGGAGGACCAACCCGAGAAAGCUUGUCAGUCUGUUCCUGCCAAGGACGCAAGAUUGUCUACGACCGAGCAAGGAGUCUGUAUCGACUACAAUGUCACGUCUGUCCUGGCGACCAAUCGUCUACAACGGUUUGCUAAUCGACUGGACGCCGCCGUCGGUGUGGAGGCCAGGGGUAUCGAGCGUGUCGACCCGGAGGCUCGCAACCAGAAAUGCACCCUCUCCGACUACCUUGCGGUCGGAGUCAUGUGGUUCAGUAUCAACUGCACGGCGAAUCAGUUGACCUUGGGAGUCCUUGGUCCAGUUGCAUUCGGUUUGGGUUUCGUGGACAGCGUACUACUAUGUAUGUUUGGCACUAUUUUCGGCUCAUUGUGUCCGGGAUAUAUCGCAGGGUUUGGACCGCUCUCAGGCAACCGGACGUUGGUUAUUGCUCGCUACUCGAUGGGCUGGUGGCCCUCUAGGAUAUGUGUCCUCUUGAAUUUGGUCAUCGAGGUCGGUUACGGUUUGGUCAACUGCGUGGUGGCCGGCCUGAUUCUCUCUGCUGUCCAUGGAGGAGGCAUGUCCGUCAUUGUCGGUAUUGUCAUCUCGGCCUUGAUAACCUGGGUCAUCACUAUCUUUGGUAUCCGGUGGUUUCACAUCGUUGAGAGGUGGAUUGCGAUCCCAGCUGUCCUUGUACUGUUUGUCUUGAUCGGAUGCGCAUCUCCCCAUUUCAAUACUGGCUCCACCUCCAAAGGGUCAGGUGCAACGUUGGCGGGCAACCGGCUCAGCUACUUUUUCUUGACCGCGAGCGGUCCUUUGGGCUGGACUCCAGCGGCGGCCGACUUCUUUGUUUACUACCCUGUCUCGACGUCGCGGCCCAUGAUGUGCCUGAUGACUACAUCGGGCAUGACUUUGGGGAAGCUUCUGAUCGAGUUUCUGGGCAUCGGGCUCGGUACAGGGAUGACGACAAAUCCUCAAUGGGCUGCGGCCUUUUCCAACUCCGGAUUGGGUGCUCUUGUUGUGUCGGCGUACUCUCCGUUACAAGGGUUUGGUAAAUUCUGUGCGGUGAUCCUUGCACUCGGGAUCGCAGCCAACACCAUUCCAGCGACUUAUGCUGCGGGUUUAAAUUUCCAGCAGUUCGGUGGCCCAUUCGUGAAGGUCCCUCGGUCAAUCUGGGUGACCGUUGCUUCAGCGAUCUAUACCGUGUGCGCAAUUGCUGGUCGUCAGCACCUGCUGUCGAUCUUCUUGGAUUUUCUCAGCCUGAUCGGAUACUGGGUGAUUAUCUGGAUCGCGAUUGUCCUAGAAGAUGAGUUUAUAUUCCGGCGCAAGACAGGGUUCAACUGGGAACACUGGGAGGACAAGAGCAAGUUACCUGUGGGUGUCGCCGCUUUCAUCAGCUUCUUGAUUGGCUGGGCUGGUGCUGUCCUCUGUAUGAAUCAGACCUACUUCCAAGGGCCGAUCGCCGGUCUGGUAGGAGAGUACGGUGCAGAUCUUGGUCUUCCGGUAGCUUUUGCGUGGACGGCGAUUUGCUAUCCGCCUCUGAGAUUACUUGAGGAUAGGAUCCUCGGUCAGAGAAAUGAAUAG